AUGUCUGAAUCACAAGUACCAGCAAAGCAAUGGGAUAUUGCACCAGAGAACUUCUCACUACAAGGACCAAUCAAGGUCGAUGUCUCCGAGGGUGACAAGUGGAUCUGCCGUUGCGGUCACUCAAAGAACUACCCAUACUGCGACAGCUCUCACAAGGAGUACAAUCAACAACACUUCACUUCGUUCAGUCCAUUGAAAGUCGCUCAAGAGCAAGACAAAGUUGUUUGGGUCUGUCGUUGUGGACACUCUAAAGAUGCUCCAUUCUGCGAUGGUACACAUAAUACUCUCCGUAAAAUUAAAGAAAAAGAAGCAAAUCAAAUUCAAUCUUAUCUUAUUUGGGGUGGUCUUACAACAGUUCUAGCUUGUGUAUUCGUUGGUGCUGCUAACUAUCUCAGUAAAUAA